GUUGUAUCAUUUGUUAAAAAAUUUAGCAAUUGUUGUUAGAUUAGGGGAGAUAAGCUUUUAUAUGAUGCUUAAAAAAUACAACCAAGUGCACAUUUUCCAAGAGUGUUUAGGGGAAUCUAAUAAAAGGGCCCUGGCAGUGGCUAAUUUUGAUAAAUUAACCCAGUUUCCUUUAGCCCUGAAUUAUUUUUUCUACUUCACAUGUCAUUUGUCAUCAAAUUCAUGUAUUGUAUAAUUGUAAAAGCCUUAUUGUGAACUUAAGGGUUGUUCGACAAUGAUCUACUACUAGAGCACUCUGCUGCAGACUGGAAGUAAUCUAUAAUUUCCAUAAAUUUCUACUAAUCUUUUUUAAAGAGUUCCUCAUCAUAUCGUAGCAAAAAUCUGUAUGUAAUGUAAUUAAAAUGCUGAAAUAGAAUUGCAGCCCUCACAUUACAUCUUAAUAACAGUGUUACUCAAAUUAUGUCUAAGUAAAAACUUAAAAAAAAAAUCUUAGCAAACGGUUUCCAGAGGUGGUAUUUUCCUCUUUUUCUUUUCAACUUGCUGCUGUCAACCGUCCAUGCUUCACUACUGUCACUUUGUUAAAAAUUAUGCUUAUCGCAUCUCGGCUGCAAAAAUCUGAAAAAGUACUAAACUACUUUCAGGAUUUUUGCAGUCCAAAUAUGGACACUCCGGCUAUUAAAUAACGGUGUUUGCUGUUUAAACCGCAACCCUUUGCGGGCCGACAGAAAGGUCUGGUGACAUUGUCACCUGCUGCGAUGUCUCUGUUGCUACAACCAACCAGCGAGGAGUGCUGAGUGCUACUCGUUCUACCCCCCCCCCCCGACCUCCGGGAAACACGGGGUACUCGGGCAGCAGCUGUGGCACUUCCGUCCUCGAGUUUUUAAUCUAUGAAUUAUAAGAUAUCUAGAUGUAAUCUAAUCACUCUCCUUGGGGCUUAGAUGCACGAGAUGAUCCACCUUCGGAGCCACCGCGAUCACAACCCGUGGACUGCAAACGCCAGAAGCUGCAGCGCCUGCCCAAGCGGAAGAAGGCCGAGCUCUGGCGAGAACCAAAUCACCGAAGGCAUCCCGACCCAGGUUUUCUUCCAGGGCAAAGCCCUGGAAGGAGCUCGCCGAGGACCCGCCCCGGAAGUAUCGAGAACGGCUGGUCCACCCCCGCCAUCCUUUGUUGGGGGCCACAGAGGCGGAAAACAAUUCAAAAAAGUCUUCGGACUCGGGCCCUUCCGACCAGUUUAAGGUGCCUUUUCGCUGGUUUUAACCUCGCCCAUCUUUACAGCAAGACAGCCGCGGUCACGCCCCUUCCUGGCGUGACCAUCGCAUUGAGGGCUUGAGUGCGAAGGGCGGCGCUUGAGUCAUCCUGAGCCAAUGAUUGACAGCUAGGCCGGCCUUUGCGGGGGGAGGAGGAGGAGGAGGAGGAGGAAGCGGCUCGCGGUGGCCGGCGCCGCGGCUGCCUCGUUAGAGCUGGAUGGAUCUGUUCGGGGACCUUCCGGAGCCAACUCCUCCGGCAGUGGCAGCAGUAGAGAAAGAGGGACAGAAAGAAUCUUUGCUUUUUGAUGAUCUUCCUUCAAUCAGCAACAGUGAUUUAGGAGCAGGAGGUUCUUUGCUAUUUGAUGACCUCCCACCUGCCAGCAGUGGCAACUCAGAGCAAGUUUCUCUUCCUGUGAGCUAUGGGAAGGGAGAAAAGAGGAAGUCCACUGAAGGAGAGAAGAAUGGGAGUGAAGAACUUGUGGAAAAGAAAGUUUGUAAAGAUUCUGCAGGUAUUCUUGUUGUGAAGGGUUAUGUAGCAGAGAGGAAAGGUGAGCGAGAAGAAAUGCAAGAUGCCCAUGUUAUUUUGAAUGACAUCACAGAAGAGUGCAGUCCUUCGUCCUCUCAAAUAACUCGUGUCUCAUAUUUUGCUGUUUUUGAUGGCCAUGGAGGAGUGAGAGCUUCAACAUACGCUGCACAGAAUCUGCAUCAAAACCUAAUAAGAAAAUUUCCUAAAGGAGAGGUACCCAGUGUGGAGAAAGCAAUAAGGAGAUGCAUUUUGGAUACUUUCAAAUACACAGAUGAGGAAUUCCUCAAACAGGCUUCCAGCCAGAAACCUGCUUGGAAAGACGGUUCCACGGCAACCUGUGUGCUGGUGAUUGAUAAUACUCUGUACAUUGCCAAUCUUGGCGACAGUAGAGCAAUUCUUUGCCGUUACAAUGAAGAGACUCAGAAGUACACAGCUUUGAGUCUUAGUAAAGAACAUAAUCCAACUCAGUAUGAUGAGCGGAUGAGGAUCCAAAAGGCUGGAGGCAAUGUCAGAGAAGGACGUGUUCUGGGUGUCCUGGAGGUCUCCCGCUCCAUUGGGGAUGGACAAUACAAGCGAUUUGGAGUUAUCUCUGUGCCAGAUGUCAAACGCUGUCAACUUACACACAAUGACAGAUUUAUCCUAUUGGCCUGUGAUGGUCUCUUUAAAGUCUUUUCACCAGAAGAAGCUGUGAACUUCAUCAUGUGUUGUUUGGAGGAUAAAACUGUUCCAACAAGAGAUGCCAAAUCUGUCACUGAUGCAAAGUACGAAGCAGCAUGUAACAGGCUGGCCAACAAAGCAGUGCAGCGAGGAUCAGCAGAUAAUGUCACUGUGGUGGUGGCCCGGAUUGAACAAUGAUGGGACGAAUAUGUGCAAGGAAGAUCCAUAACAGCAUGCAGCAAAUUUAAUAGAACACGAUAGUGUGUUUGUGAAAUGUGCGCGUGUGUAGAAUUUUAUGGAUUUCUCCCCAUAUGCUUAUUUGUAAAUAAAGGGAUUUUUAUAAGCA